AUGUGGAAUGCUGUAAGGCGCUGCUAUUUUGGUGCGCUGCGGCGGCGCUACCCGGAGGAGGUUCCACUUGAGCUGCUCAGGCAGAAGGCGGUGCUCAUAGAGAACCUGUCACCCGGCGUGCUGUCCACUCACGAUGACGUACUCGACACCUUCUCCAAAUGUGGCAUGACGAUAUCGCAAGACGACAUUCACAUCAUGCGCAACCGAUUUGGUGUGCCAUGCGGGCGUGUGAUGGUGCUCGUAGAGAGCUUGUUGCAGCCGAACUUCGAUUUCAGCGAAAGCAGAGGCACACCGGGAGACAGCGCCGUGGUACACGAGGGCUCUGCGGACACGGGGUCGCAGGCGGAGCCUCAACAUGCGACCAGUUCGACCUUUCUCACCAAAGGUGCACAGAAAGCAUUGCUGGACAGUCUUCCCGGGGAAUCAAGAGCGUACAUAUGUGAUGAGCACGACGUCAAGUGCUACGUGGAGCAGUGCGAGCGUUAUCUAACUCUAUCCGAAGACCUGCGGAGGUUUGCUGACUCGGUGAACUUGCACCGCAUAGUUACGGUCACCGGUAUGAACAAAACCUACGGACGGCUGGAGCUGGCGGAGGUCAUAGAGCGGCACACCAACGUUAAAGUGAACCCUGUUAAUAUCGCUUUCCGCUUCAAAAGCAACGGGGAACAGGACUCCACGGCAUGGGUGCUGUGUGACAGCACCCGCGACGCCAACCGAAUCAUCGCAAAAUUACAGGAAGUGGCCGUGCCUAAGCGCUAUCAGUACGGUGCACUUAUGGGCGCUUCUUUUCUAUACGCCGCACGGUCGUCCUUGUUUCUGUCUGACCCGGGUUUGGACUUCGUGACGAAGAAGAGCAAGUACCAGGUGUUCACUCUGGGCUGGCAACCGGAUAUAGAUGAGGAGGAGCUGACGCACUUGGCCAACAGCCUCAAGUUUUUCCCAAAGUCAGUCAAGGUGGUCAGGUUGCCCGCUUCAGACGGCGCAAAAGAUGAGGUGGGAGCGUUCUUCGAGUGCGACCGUAUGCGCAACACCAAGAAACUGCUGGUCCGUCUGCACAUGUUGAAGCGGCGCUGGAAGAUUCCGGAGCAUUCGCCCUUCUACGCCUACCCCAAGACGGCGGAUGUGCGCUGGGCUUCUGAUAACGGCGUGUAUGCCGAGGACGACCCGGCGGACGACUCCGACUUGGAUGAGCCGGUGCACUACUGA